AUGACUCAACCUGAGGUCAAGAUAAUGUGUUCAAAUACGAAUCAAGACGAAGCUUCCUCUGAAGAACAGCAACAGUUGAACACCGAGCUGUUAGAGCUCCGAAAAUGGGCCGAACAGAAAAUAAAAAAGCUAAAGGUUCUGCACGAUCAGAUGGUGGUAUAUUACGAUCGGAUGAUGACAAAAUGCAAGGUGUACGAAGAGGAAUUGGAACGAACCCGCACGGAAAACUCUCGUUACAAGUUUACAUCACAAUGUCUGAUGGACAAGAUAAAAGAAUUGACCAGUAGUGGUGUCGACAAAUCUUCGGUCAACUCCGUAAAUAAUGACGAUUGCAAAGACGGCAAAGAUGGAGAUCGCGAUGAAGAUAACGAUACCGAUACCGAUCCGAUAGCUACAUACUUGGAAGUGUGCUCCAAAACAUUGAUAGAUGAAGUUGCCGCAUACAAGGAACAGGUCGAGACGUCGACAAUAGAAUUGGACAAUAUCAACGACGAGCUGGCCAGGUCAGUGGAAACGCAGUCGUGCCUUAGGCGGUGCGUGGACGAACUUACAGUGCUGGCGGAAACAGAACGGAUUAAGCGAGACCGAGACGAGCUGGAACUACGAACGACACUGGACCAGUUGACGGCCGAGCUGGCCGAGGUUCAACAGGACAUGGUCCGAUUGCAGUCAGUUGAGGCCGAGAUAUCGGUUAAGUUGAUGCACCGCGAAUCUGCACAGGACGAGCUCGACGAAGUGAUGCGUGCAGACAACGCCCGGCUGCAGGCCCAGCUGGGAAAAAGUGCAAUUGUGCAUGCUGCACUGCAUUCGAAGAUAUACGAUUUGGAGAAAGAGCUGUCCGAGCGAACGGAAGCUGUGCCAUUGCAGCAAGAACAGUGCCAGGCUGGUUUUGGCAGUGAGGCGAUAGACGAGACGUCUUCUACGUCACUGAUACUGUAUCAGUGUAAUCUAUCCCGAUCAAGCGACGAGCAAGUUGCCAGUUUUCCGGACCUUGGACGCGGUGACGACCAAUUGAUACCGUGUUUGUUGUCGUCAACAAAACGCAACACCGUCGCCGAGGACGUUCAACUAUCGUGUUCACAGUCGACCAACGACGACUCCCAACCGUCGUGUUCCGAGUUGAACGACGUCGAUCACCAUCGUUCUACGUCAAAUGUUGUACAAGACAGAGUGAAGACAGCUUCAGAACAGUCAACGGACGAGUUGAGAAGUCGUCGUUUGGCUGAACUUAUAAAACAAUACGAGAGCAAACACGACGAUGAUUUCUAA